UUCGCUUCCUGCUUUCAAGUUGCAGAAAGAGCGACAUCUGUGUCCUUGGUUUACACAAACGGACCUUGUUCCGCACAGUUUACCUUUACCUCGGCGCAGAAAUCCAACCAUCCAGCCAUCAUGGCGCUUCCGCGGCAACUACGUGAUGAAAGUGACUUUGAUCAGCUUCCAGAUAAUAUACCCAUCAGUGCUACAAUAGCAGACAUUGUGGAGAAGAAGGGGUUCAUUGUCUAUUAUCAAUUUGUGAUAGAGGUGAAGACUAAGGGAGGUAGCAAGUACCUGAUUUACAGACGCUACCGUCAGUUCUUCACCCUACAUCAGAGUAUGGAGCUCAAGCUGGGAGCUCAAUCCGGCUCAUUCACUCUCCCCAUCCUGCCAGGGAAGGUGUUCAUGGGAAAUAAGCAGGAGAUAGCGGAGAACAGGAUCCCAGAGCUCAACACGUACAUGAAGAGACUACUCAGCCUGCCCACGUGGGUUCUGCUGGAUGAUCUGAUCCGCAUGUUCUUCUACCAGACGGACGCCGACAGCCAGCAGGUCCCACGGGCCCUGCGCCGCCUCAGACCCCCCACACGCCGCGUGAAAACCAUCAAGCCCAAAACUGACCUGCUCUCCUCCCCCAGAGCUGAGGCGAUGUUUGACUUCAGCGGGAGCGGGAAGCUGGAGUUGAGUCUUAAGGCCGGUGAGGUGAUCUUCCUGCUCAGGAGAGUCAACGCCGACUGGCUGGAGGGGACAGUGCGGGACAGGACGGGCAUUUUCCCAGAGUCCUUUGUGAAGAUCAUCAAGCCCCUGGCGGGGAGCGGCUCUGAUGAGGAGGGGGAGGGGGAGGGGGAGGGCGGCGGCCCCAAGGCCCCCGGGGUCAGCGCCUACAGCUGCCUGCGCUGCUACCUGCUCCAGCCCCAGGGCAUCGACACCAGGGAUCUGUGUGUGGAGGAGGACCUCUCAACACAGCCCACCUACCAAGAGCUGCUGUCACGGAUGAGAGACGUGUUCCAGAUCCAGGACAUCGCGCUCAACUACCGCGACCCCGAGGGGGACCUGGUGCGCAUCCUGGACGACGAGGACGUCUCGCUCAUGGUGUGGGAGAGCAAGAGCCCAAGGUCAAAGGUCAAGCGGCCGGUCAACCAGUACCCCUGGGAGCUGCACGUUACACUCGCCUCUGACCUGACUGUGUACAACACCGAGUUCUAAGCGUGUGUGUGUGUGUGUGUGUGUGUGGGUGUGUGUGAAUGUAAGUGCAAACAUGUUCAUUUCUUUUCAUGGGCAGCAAGCAUUUUUUAUUGUAUAAGGUAUGUUACAUAAAUGAACAAACUUACACUUGUAGCUGUAAUGUUGCCUUCUUGACUCUUCAAGCAGUAUUAAAAUAAACAUCUACGUACCACUGAAUAAGGGUAAAGACUUUUCUUUUAGGGCAAUUAUGGACACAAACUUGCUGUGGAAACACAGACAUCAGCACCGUUGGUACUAAUGGUACUGGUGACUGAGGCCUCAUUUAUUCCCAUCAUGGUAUAUACUGAAUAUAAGUUCAACAGUUUUGUAUUCACUCCAAUUAUCAAAAUAAAAU